UGUGCUAAGAGAUAAGUGGCCAACUCUCAAGGAGGUGGAAAUUAGAAGAAAUAAUAAUGUGUUUAGUGGGAAAUAACAAUGUGUUGAAGGACAAGAGGGCUCUGUAAGGCCUGUUUUUACGGCAUGACAGCAUCAAUACUGAGAGAUGAGUGUAGCAACUGACCCCCUACUCACACAGGCACCUACCCCCCAUUGACUGCAUUAUCCUUGGGCCUUUUUAUAGCUUGGAAACAGGAGAGGACAGCUGCCUUUGGAUUCCCCCUCUCAUCUGAUAGAACAGGGUCAGACUCGCUCGCCAACACUCGUUCACACACUCCUGGCUGUCUCGCUCAGCCAUGGCAGAUAAAAAGGGUCUCAACAGACUGACAGUGAGGAGGAAAGAGAACAGCAAAGCUGACAAAGAGAAGGAGAAAGAGAAGGAGAAGGAGAAGGAAAAAGAGAAGGAGAAGAAGGAAGAGAAAACCAAGAAGCCGGGAAAACCAGAGAAGCCUCCGGAGAAACCCAGGAAGACAGGGGAGGAGAAGCCGGCAGAAAAUGGGGAGAGCAAGGAAGGGGCAGAAGCCCUGGAGGAGAGCAAGGAAGGGGCAGAAGCCAUGGAGGAGGAUGGAGAGUUUAAGAUGGAGCCCAUUGAGCUUCCGCCAUUUGAGAUCAUCAUCGGAGAACGUAUGAGCCCCUUCUACUACAAGUUCCAGUUCAGGAACGUUGAAUACUCAUCUGGCCGGAACAAGACGUUCCUGUGCUAUCUGGUGGACAUCCAGGACAAGUCCAAGUCCAUCGACGGCAUGCGAGGCUACCUGGAGGACGAGCAUGCGGGUUUCCAUGCCGAGGACGCCUUUUUCCAGAAGGUGUUGCCCCAGUAUGACGCCACAAAGGGCUACGUGAUCACCUGGUACAUGUCGUCGAGCCCUUGCGCGGCUUGCGCCACCAAGAUCGUGGAGGUUCUCCGCGCCCGCACAUCGCUCCGCCUCACCAUAUUCUGCUCCCGCUUAUUCGACUGGGAAGAGCCGGAGGUGCAGGAGGGGCUGAAGGCUCUGGCCGGCGCUGGGUGCAAGCUGCGUAUGAUGAGGCCGUUGGACUUCACCUACACCUGGGACACAUUCGUGGAGAACGAGGAGCAGACCUUUGCUCCCUGGGAGGACUGUCAAGAGAACUAUGAGUAUUACGAGGAGAGGCUCUCCAACAUCUUGCAAUAACUUCUGGCCAUAGUUUUCUCUAAACAUCUCAUCUGCAAGUUAUCAAUGAAGUUCCCUACCUGUUUCUUGCCAGAGGAGUCAACCGUCUUCAACCAGCUUUAUAACCUAUGAUGAAUCCCAAGCGAUGAACAGAGACAGCUAAUUAGAAUUUGCAUAGGAUUCUGGAACUGUCCAUAUGUCUAGUUCAUUAUUCAGUCACAAUCUCAGUGAUGUCACAGUUCAAUUAUUCACAGCACUUACUAGAAAGCCUUUGGAUAAUAAAGCCAAAGAAACAAAAUCCCAUAAAACAAAACAUAAUAUUUUAAAUGUUGUAGUUGCAUUUAGACACAUAUAUUUUCAUAGGUUUUUUUUCACAUUGUCUGAUGAAAGCAAAAAAAAAAAAAAUAGGAAAUUAAAUUUCUUAUACAAAAACAUAUUUUGAAUGUAGGAACAAGUAUGUGCUCUUUCUCUACUGUAUUUAUAUAAAAUUUGAAUGUCUGCUUGAAGUGAGCUCAUCUCAUCUUUCCAGCCACAACAACCUCAGGAUUGCAUAUUGAUACUGAAUUGUAACCAUGUCAAAAGGACAGAUCAAUGGACAGUGCGCUUUCCAAAACAAAUCAACCUUAUUUUACCAAAUUCACUGUCAAUGUCAAACUUAAGUUAAAAACUUCAAGUUGACUGAUA